AUGUCUGCCAGCUACUGGAGCUCCUCCCAGCGCCGCUUCUGGACCUACACCAAGCCGGAGCUGGCCCAGAUCCGCCGCAGCCUCGAGGAUGAGAACAAGGAACUGGUUCAGAAAUACCCUCUUCCCGACCGCCGCCUCCUGCACAUCUAUUUCUGCAGCCAGCUCAGCAAACUCGUCCGCAGGUUGAAACUGUCCCAGCAAGCCGUGGCCACUGCCCAGGUCUACAUUCGCCGCGUUUACACCAAGAUCGAGAUCCGGAGGACCAAUUCCAAUCUGGUCAUACUCACUGCCCUCUAUCUGGCCUGCAAGAUGGAGGAGAGCCCCCAGCACAUCCGCGUGAUUCUUGGAGAGGCCCGUCAAGCGUGGCAAGACAUCAUCCUUCCCGACACCUCAAAGCUCGGCGAGUGCGAAUUCAGCCUCAUCUCAGAGAUGAAUUCCCAGCUCAUCAUACACCAUCCCUACCGCAGCUUGCUAGACCUCCAAGCCAGCUUCAAGCUGACCCAUGAGGAGUAUGCCCAGGCCGAAUACGUCAUAAACGACCAUUAUCUGACAGAUCUGCCCCUGCUCCAUCCGCCUCAUGUCAUUGCAAUCGCUGCCAUGGUCGUUGCCGUGACACUUGGGCCCACGCAAGCCGGCAUCAACAUGCUGACUGCUGCCAACAUGCAAAGCGCAAUGUCAGGCCUUGCCCAGCAACAGACCGGCACUGGCGGGGCAUCUCCUGUCAAGAUGCAGCACUUGAUGAAUUGGCUCGCAGAUUCAACCGUGGACAUCGAGGCUGUGGCCGACUGCGUCCAGGAGAUGGUAUCACUGUAUGAGGUUUGGGAGCAGUACAACGAAAAGAUUUGCAAAGACCAGGUCAACAGAUUCAUCAAGGCACGGGGUCUGGAAAAGUGA